AUGUAUUGGUUAUCGUUGAUUAUCCCUAUCUCCAACUACAUCACAAAAUCCCGGAAAUCAAAACGGCAGUACAUGCAAAUCACCAACUCACCAUGUUUGAAUGAAAUUCGGACGGUAACCCUUUCAAAUAACCAUGGCACCUCACGGUCUCAAAUCGUCUCCCCUGACGUCACACUGGCAAUUCGACUAUUCGGCACGCGUUGCGGUGACAGAGGCCGGCGUCACGACGUGCAGCGUCGCUCCUCCUCGCUGCGGAAUUGGCGUCGAACUGAGGGCGCUCUGACGCCGACGCCGCCGCCGAGAGCGUCGCGGCGUCAGGCGGCGACGUCGCGGCUAGACGCGCACGCUUGGCCUCCGAAGAAUUCGGAAAAGACCAUAUCAUCGGUUUUUACUAUCAAAAAUCUUACGUUCUUUACGGUACUUCUACAGGAUGGUCCUUACGUGAAUCCACAUGAUCACAUGAAAAAUAUAUACUCAGGGGUUUACGGGUCGUACCAUAGAAAACCGGAGUCAGAAGUUGCAAAUUUCCGAAUCCGAAGUCUAGAUCUACGUCAAGAUCUCCCUGUAAUAGUCGGAACCGCGAUGACGCGAUGUUCGAAUCCAUAA